UUUUUUUCUUUGCACUUCUUUUCAUUUCUUUUUUCGUCUUUUAACCUUCAACUUGUUGUGCGUGUCAUUUAUAUAAACAUGGCUUCUGAUUCACCACGAUUAUUCAACGCUACGUCACCUUCAAAAAAGUUUGCAACAUCACUAAAUACUACCGGCCGCAGUUCACAUGCUCGGCAGCGUAUGCUUUCCAGCAAGAUCUCUGCACCUCUUCCUAUCAAUUUGCCCAGUCUUAAAAGUGAGCAUGGCGGCGUUAAUGGCAACGGCCAUGCUACUGAAGCACCUACGUCUUCUCCUUCUAUCAGUUGGGAAGCCACACAUCCUGAUACUCGUGCAUGGGCUGCUAUUCCAACAUCGUCUAUCCAUCCCACAACUCCUUCUUCUGCUCCUUUCGAAACUGAUCCCAAGCCAAAACAAGACAAACCAAUGGAAAAACACACUACGUCCGAAAUGGGUCGACUCUCUUGGGAUGAAAUGGUAAAUGAAGAUAUGGAAGAAUUUUCUGUAGAUGUGAUUGAAUUUGAAGAUGGAGCCAAGUUCCCUGUAAAUGAUGUAUCGCCAGAGACACGGUUCUCUGAGGACUAUGAUCGUAGCUAUCCUCCUCAGCUGAAAUCUACCCUUCAAGAAGAAUCACCCAAGAAAUCGACCUACGAAGGCCGUCCGUUUGAUCGUCGCCAAAGUUCUGGUUCAUGGAACCGUCGCCCGAGUAAACCUUCUGCUUACUCUGUUCUACAAAAGACCAAAUCGCCUGAUCAAAAGGACGCUAUGGUAGCUGCUGUUGAGCGCGCUCAAAGGCGUCAUGAAGAGCAAGAAGCUGCAUUUGAAGCUGCACGUCAACGUGCUCGACAAAAGGCCGAGUCUCUAGCAGCCAAGCCCAAAGAAGAACGAACGCUUGCAGAUGACGAGAAGGACUGGUCAAAUUAUGCAGAAGAUAUGAGGGCAUCCAAAUCCAUGCCCUCCAGACGACCCAACGGUGACACUUCUUGGAAUGAUUAUACGAUGCGCUUACAUCAAUCCUUUGUGCAUAAAGAGGAGCAAAAAAAAACUGUAUCAAUUACUGCUCCUCCUCGUCGUUCUUCUCAUGGCAUGCCUCCUGAACAAGUGUUUCAAAGACGCAGGUCGUCUUCCUUUGUUCGCCAUCCUUCAUCUCCAGAUCACGGUUCACAAGAAAAACCCACUGUCGGAUUACAGAGACGCGGGUCGUCACCCAGUCAUUCUGGCGCGCCUCUGUCUGGUGCUUUCUCGGCUCUUGACAAAAAGGUUGGACCUCGACACACCUUCGAUCAUCACUCGGUGCAUCCAAAGUCGCCCAUUGAAGAUACAAACCAGUUCUCGAUUCUAGAUGCAGAAGAGACGGAACCUAAUCAUCAAUAUGAUUGGCUAGAUGUGAGCGAGCCAGAGGAGGUGUAUGACUGGUCAGAGUUGGCGCCCAAGGCUGAACCUCCAUCUAUGCUUUCCAUUGGCAAAUCAGGGUUACCUCUCUGGUUGGAGAAGCGUGGACCGACCCCACAUUGGACAUUCAAUGACCCUAUCUUGCCAUUUGAUGUCAGAUACCCUCUCUAUUGGACGCUCAAUGACCCUGCCUCGUCGUUUGACACCAGGCAUCCUCUUUCUGGUGGCCGUGGUAGGGGCAAACCAGAUACCCGAGCACAGCGACAAGUGCCUGUGGUCACUUCUAUCCUGAGAAAGGCUUCCGAGCCUACCUCUACUGUUGCUCCAUCUAUCCUGCCAAGGAAGCCAAUGACAGUCACCAAUCCCUCACUUGAGAAGGACAAUCAAGGUGAUGUCAAGGAAGAGCCGCACGAAAGAACGUAUAAGGACAAGAUCAUGGAACUCUUCCAAAAAAGCACAGGCUCGCCUAUCCUUCCAAAGAACCUACAAGCCAAAACCAACCUGGGAGGAGGCAUUAACUUUAUGGCAAUUCAUCAUACAGAAGAAAAGAAGGAUACUCAGCCAUCAUAUCCCUCGUCUCAUGUCCCUGUCUUGGUCUAUAGGUUUCCUGACCAAAAAGGCAAGAAGGACAACUUGACUGGAAUCUACUUGAUGCCAAUUAAAUCGACGAGUUCAGUGCAUCCAUUAUCAGCAGAGUUCCCUCUACCACGAACAAUGACUGCCUAACAUGGUUAUUAUUACUAUUAUUAUUAUUA